UCUCAUACGGGGCAAAAUAAGCGUUCUACCCCUCCGCUAGCUGCGAUUCCUGCCCCAUCCAUACAUCGCCUUACAACGAGUAGACCCCUUGUUGUGAGAGAUUCGUUUAUACAACGCAUUUAAGUACGAAACCGAAAGAUAAUUUAUUCCACCCAUGGAGGCGAUAUCCAAAAAAUAUCAUAAGUUGACCUGUGUCGCUUGCCGGAGGAAGAAAGUAAGUUCAGCUAAUAUUUUCCUCUCCGUUUCUGGUGGGUAUGACCAAAUUGCUAACAUACACAGGGAAAGUGUGACGGACUUUUUCCUGUCUGCUCUACUUGCAAAUCGGCCCACAACGAGAAGUGUGUCUAUGAUAAGCCUGCAUCUAUCUCGUAUGUGAGGUACCUAGAGAAGCAAGUGGGCCACCUCGAUGAUGAACUAGCCCGUAUGCGAGAUUCAAUGCCCAACGUUCCUUACAAGUUUAUAUCCUUGAGUGUACGUCACAAUGACUUGUUCUCGGCAGCCUCACAACCUAACCUCCGGCAAAGCUUUAAAAAUGAAGUCUCAGACCAGCCCGUGCCUAUAACGAACAGCUCCCAGGCCAACCAGGUAGAAUCAGCGCCUUCGCCUUUGAAUAUAUCAUCGGCCCAGUAUGAAGAGUUGACCAAGCGUGCAAACAUGCAUACCGGCGCUGGGCGCCUUCAGGCAAUCUCAGAAUAUGACUUCUUUUUCCUCCUGCCGGCAGCUGCUUUUUCCCCCUCUUUCCAGGGACCGGAAGACUUGAUGGCCUUCAGCAUCCGGGACAGUCCCUAUUUGUACAGUCUAAGGGAGAUGCUCGACUCUUUUGCUUCUAAGCCUCCCUCCAAUGUUGAAUCCUCUACCAACACGAGUUCUCAGAACCUUCAGCUACUUAUUGCCGACGUUGUGGCGAUCUCGGAUGUGGGAGCUGAGAAAUCAAUACUUUCCGUGAUCAGAAACGCCCUUUCUAUGUGCACUGUUGGGUUCCAUCGGUGGGGCGAGAGCCCCAACCAGUGGUUGGUGCAUGGGUUCCUCUCAAAGCUCAUAUUAGAGAGCAACGAGAGGAUUUCUACCCCAAAUAGGCUUUCCUGGGCUGUGUACACGAGUGACAUGUAUAUGGCGCUGCUUAUGAACCGGGAAUCCAAUUUUAAGACAUUACCGUUUUCGAGGCCAGACGAUAUUCAAUUCAACCUUUUGGACUUGGUGAGAGUAAAAAACCAGCUGGGGACGGUCCAUUAUUUGGAUACACGCUCUCUUGUGUCCUCAAUAGCGAAAUAUGCGAUAAUCUUAGGCGAUAUUUUGUCGGGAGUCCAUCUCUUUCUCCCCAUUAGAAAUGAGUUGUUGGGGUCGUCCAACGCAGUUUACGAUUCCGUCCCCAAAAUUCUCCGGGCAGAGUAUUACUUUGAGGGUGACAAGUUGAUGCCGGUGCACUUGUAUACCUCGUUAUAUCUGGUACAUUGCGGGAUAAGGUACAUUUUGCUUGCCCAACAGUUUGAGGAAGGGUUCCAGUCCCAGAUCGUCCAAGUGUUCGGGGAAGAGGAGUUAGGUGAAAGGUGCACAAAGUUUCGUCACAUGCCAGGCUCUCACAAACAGUCCAACGAGAGUUCUGGUAAGACCACCACGUUUCUGUAUAUCAAUGACAGUGAGAUGACAGAAUUGGUUGAGAUGACGGUGCUGAUCGAAGCGUCUCUUGCGCUGAGAAGCUCGGUGAGCUCACCUCCCGAGAAUGCCAGUGAGACGGUGAUCGGAGAUACGUGGCUUCUAACGGUCAUUCUUGAUCCAUUGUGUGCUUUGCUCUCUAAUGACUGCUUCAUAAAGUAUGCAGAACAACAAUCAAGCCGUACGGCGGAUUCGGGUACGGCCAAGGGGACUGUGUUGAGAUUCUUUGUCUGCUUGCUUUCGACGUCUCUUGUGCGACUAUCAAACGUGAAAACAGCGCACAGCCCAAAACUCCGAGAUGUUCUCGCUGGCUUGAAGGCCCGGCCUCUUAAAGUCUUGAAUCGCGCGGAAUUCAAAAAGUUCAACACGACGAUCAAGUCAGCUAUUCGCAAAAUCCGUAACCUUCCAACCCCUUCGAAGAGAAAUUAUGGAACAAAGAGCGACAAGCCCCCGCCGAGGCCGUCCACAAAGAAAAACCGAGUGGAUAAACCUGAGGCUGAACUGAAACCCCUGAAGACCCCCAAGGUCGAAUUGCUUCCACGGUCAACCCAAAGACAGACUCCAGAACUCCAGUCUCAUAGUAUGGACAAACCAGGCAACUAUUUUUCUCAGCUGAAAGAAGCUCUUGCUCAGCUGUCGUAUGUUCAUGAUGCAGCUACAAAGUCUGGGAGGUUUUUUCCGACCACCCUGUUCCUUUCAACGUUUGACAGCUCCCAUAAUGGCUCAAAACGCGAAGCGCUGACCAUCUCUCGCAUUUCCCCCCCCUUCAUGGAUCGAACGCUGAUACCACUUUCAGCGUUUGAAGCGCUGUUUCCAGAAAACUGGCAGAUGGAAUUCCCUCCGGCCACGUCAAUGUCGUUCCAUAUGCCCAUGGCGGCCAAUUCCAACGAAGUUCCACCCUUCCAUCUGACACUGAUCCCUGAACCCCCUCUGCUUAACUCUGGAUUAUAUCAAGGGAGCGGGGUGGAUAUGGCUUCCUCAUCUAGUGCGGUAAGCCAGGAGUUCCACAUGGAACAGUUCUCGCUGGACUCAAAGCUUUCAAGGGCUGAACUAUACAUGUCGUAUGGUAUGAGAACAGUCAAUAAUCCUAACGGACUGGAGGAGACCACGGAAUAUCUGGCUACCAAUGCAGGCUUCUCUGAUGGUUCUAUGUUUCACCACGCGUAUGACCGAGACAUCUGAGCGCAUAGUCUAUAGGCCGAAGACUUAUAUAAACCAUUCAAGAUGUAAGUCUUGCUAUUUGAGAGCAAAGGUACAGGCAUAAAUACUAUGGGCUUUGUGUUCCUCGGCAGAUGUUUCCUACAUGUCAAGACUGUCGUGUAGGCUGAGGGCUAACCGAGUAACAUUAGAACCAUAAGUAAAAAAAGAGUUGAACAUCGGUUCAAGAACAAGAGAGCCCAAUGAAAGUGCGAAGCGCUAGGGGAUACACCAAUUUCGGUUCCGGGAGACAUAUUAUUCAAACCCAUAGACCUUGUUAAACAAGGCUUCGUUGAACCACCGUUUAGCCACCAGGGCAUGUAGCACGGCGAUUUCAGGUUCAAAGUCGGAGGGCUGGAAAAUAUCGCACAAGGCAUCAAAGUUCCAGCCAGUAACGCCCGCCUCUUUCAUCUCAACGUUGUAUCGUAGCAUUAAUUCCCACAUUCCCAAAAGCGAGCAAAG